GAAGAACAAGAAAUGGUUUUGGGUAAUGGGGUUUUAAAAUCCGUUAUGAAAAGGGGUCUCAGGCGGCCAUUUGGGAUUCUACCCACCACUUCUCAGAUUUUGGUAUGUAAUAAAUCAUCCAAAUCCGAACCUUUGCUCCUCAGAUUGCUUCAAGAACCAAUCUCCGGAUUCAAAAUAGCUUUGGACUUCGAGGAGGAUUUGAAGCUCAGUAAUCAUCCCUUCUCUUGGGGACCCCUUGUCACUGCGCUCAGGUCGUCUUCUCCUCAGAAAGCCCAGCUGGUCUUGGAAUGGAAGUUAGAGAAGAUGCUGAAAAAACAUGAGAGAGAUCAUCAUUGUUAUUCUGAGCUUAUUUCUCUCUGCGAGAAGGCUCAGAACGUCCCAUUUGCAAUGCGGGUCUGUACUUCCAUGGAGGCUCACGGAAUCAGACCUACUUCGACUGUUCUCAACUCUCUGAUCUCUACUUGCUUGUCUUCAGGUAAUGUAAUGACAGCCCUCAGCUUGUUCGAGAUCAUGGAAAGAUCUGAGGACUACAAACCCAAUUCUGUCACUUAUAAUGCCUUUAUUUCUUUCUAUUCAAAAUUGGGUGAUGCUAAGGCCAUGCAAGCCUGGUUCUCAGCGAGAAAGGCUGCUGGAUUUUGUUCAGACAUUCAAGUGUAUGAAUCUGUCAUCUUAGGCUUGGUCAAAUCAAAAGACUUCGAUACUGCUGAUAGGUUUUAUGAAGAAAUGAUGUUGUCAGGAAUUACACCUACAGUAGCCAUACUGGAAACUAUGCUUGAUGGAUUAUGUGAAAGGAAGAAACUUGGUAAAAUCAAAGUAUUUUUGAAGUUCUUGUUGGAUGGAGGAUGGGGGCUGAAUGGGAAGAUGGCAGAGAAGCUCCUUGCUUUGUAUUUGGAACAAGGGAAAGUGGAAGAAAUGGAGGAACUACUAGGAGUUCUAGCAAUGUCCAAUCCCGAUCCUAGAGUUCUGCCACAGGUGCACUGUGGGAUUAUAAGGAUGUAUGCCUCAGCAGACAGAUUGGAUGAUGUGGAGUAUUGUGUUGGGAGAAUGCUGAAGGUAGGGAUGUCAUUCACCUGCCCUGAUGACAUCGAGAAGAUUAUAUGCUCAUACUUCAGGAGGUCUGCCUAUGAGAGGUUGGAAAUGUUUCUGGAACGAAUACAUGGCUCUUACUUGAUCACAAAAUCCACCUUUGAUUUAUUAGUUGCCGGGUAUCGAAGAGCUGGGUUAUCUGAGAAACUAGAUCUGGUAGUCAAGGAUAUGAAGCUGGCUGGAUUUUCCUAAUGCUUGAAUGGCAUUCUGCAAUGCAUCAUGUUGCCCUUCAUGAACUGUCUCUGUAGUCUGCUUUUUUGUCAGUAGCAGAAACAGAGGUUAUAUGUUGUCUAUAUCCAAUCUCCGUGGGUCAGUUUUAUUUGAGGUACAUUUGAGCAAUGCAUCUGAUGCACUGGAAUUGGUUCAACUGCUGAAAUUAGCCAGCAAAUUAUGAAUCAUGAUGAUUGGAAGCAAUUCCCUCGACAAAGUCCCACCCUCUGGUUGGCUAUCUAUGGUCAUAUGCUUGUGAUA